AUAGACGGCUCUCAACAUAUUGCUUUCAACUGUACUUAAAUCGUCAACGAAAUUGUGUUAUCAAGUUGAAAUUUUCUUUCGCUGGUUUUUGAUCAAGAAUUUUAUCGUGUGUGCAUUAUUUCCUCAUUUUUUUAUUGAAAAUUGUGCGGCCAGAAUUUGAAAGGAAAAUAAAAUAUGAUGUUUAUUAUGGAUUCAUCGGCAAUUGUUUUGUUAAGUUCCAAUACACUUUUGAUGGUGUUGACAUGCGCUGUGGUGGCUGUGCUAGUGUUUUUAGUUGAAUAUACCGGCGCCGGUACAAAAAAAUCCAACAAGAAAUCGAUGACGAAUAGCAAGGCGUCCGAUGAAUUGCAACGACCACCGGGACCAACACCAUACCCAAUCAUCGGCAAUUUGGCGUGCAUGGACGGAUAUGAGGUACCAUAUCAAGCAUUCGAUGAUUUGGCCAAAAAAUACGGAAACAUCAUAAGUCUACGGUUGGGAUCGGUGCCAACGGUUGUUGUCAAUGGCAUCGAUAACAUUAAAGAAGUUUUGAUUACAAAGGCAUCACAUUUCGAUAGCCGGCCCAAUUUCCGUCGCUAUCACGACCUAUUCAGUGGCAAUAAACAGAAUUCAUUGGCAUUCUGCAAUUGGAGCGAAGUACAAAAGAUGCGCCGUGAAAUGUUAACACAACACUCAUUUCCACGAAAUUUUUCGAUGCGUUUCCAACACUUGAACGAAAUAAUCAAACAUCAAAUCCACACAAUGGUCACAGAUAUCCAAGGAAAACGCGUAACUGUUGAUACAGCUGUAGAAAUCAAACCAAUCAUCAUGGAAGCUUGUGCAAAUAUUUUCACACAAUACUAUUGUUCACGUUCGUUCACAUCGCAAGAUACCAAAUUCAAGAAGAUGAUUCAAAAUUUUGACAACAUUUUCUGGGAAGUGAAUCAAGGAUAUGCUGCCGAUUUUCUUCCAUUCCUGUUGCCACUCCAUGCAAAGAAUCUAAAAAAUAUGGCAAAAUGUACGCAUGAAAUUCGUGCAUUCAUCGAAGAGAACAUAAUUGAAGAUCGUUGUGAAACCUGGACUGAAUGCAAUGACGGUCAAAAUGAUUAUGUUGAAUCACUCAUCGAUCAUGUACAACGUGAUUUGGAGCCAAAAAUGGAAUGGGAAACGGCAUUAUUUGCGCUUGAAGAUAUUUUGGGCGGUCAUUCGGCGACUGGUAAUUUUUUGGUGAAAAUUUUCGGUUUUAUUGGACAAUUGCCGGAAGUGCAACAGAAAAUCCAACAAGAAAUCGAUAAUACAUUGACCAAAAAACGUUCGGGCAACUGUAAUGUCAUCGAAUUAUCGGAUCGCAAUCAUAUGCCAUACACAGAAGCGGUUAUCAUGGAAGCACUUCGUUUGAUUGCAUCACCAAUUGUACCGCAUGUUGCCAGCCAGGACAGUUCGGUUGGUGGUUAUUUGAUUGAAAAAGAUUCGCUCAUUUUUUUGAAUAACUACAAUUUGAGCAUGUCACCAGAGCUAUGGGACGAACCAACCGCAUUCAAACCGGAACGUUUCAUUCAGAAUGGUCACAUCCAUAAGCCAGACCAUUUUUUGCCGUUCGGUGCCGGUCGUCGCAGUUGUAUGGGCUAUAAAAUGGUACAAUUUAUAAGUUUUUCGGUUAUUGCAAAUUGUAUGCAACAUUUUGAUAUGCGACCACCACCAAAUGUAACACACAAAGUGGCCGUCGGUUCAUUGGCUGUACCAGAAAAAUCAUACGAAAUGGUUUUUACUGAUCGUGCUUAAAAUCACAACAGAUCGAUGUAGAUGACAAGU